UUUUCAUACUCUAUUGAAAUUUCAGGGCGAUAGCUUCCAGGCUCUAGCAAUUUAUAAAUUUAUAGCUGUGAAAUUAUUAAGUUUCUCUUGCUUUUUCAUUUGCACGAAAUUCAAUUCCAAUUAAUUGUUUUCGAUUAUCAACAUGGCGAAAGCUCCCUGCUGUUGGGCUUCCAAUGAGUUAAGUCGCGAUAAAGAGCAUUAUAUGCGUUGUUCCACGCGGCCGAAUCAACCGCCGCCUUGUGACGAUGGCAAAGGUAAGAAGGGAAAGGACAAGGAUAAGAAUAAGAAUGUCUGCUGUGGCAUGGCGUUUCGCCAGCAAAUGGCCAAAGAUGCCGAGCAGCAGGAUUCCGAGGAGUUACAGUGCGGACCUUCGAAGGGCAAGAAGGGCAAAAACAAAGCCGAUAAGGAAAACUAUCGCUGCUUUACUGCCAAGAUGAUUUGCAUGAAGCUCUAUAUGCCUGGUCGGGACUUCGAGUGUCCCGAUCAACUGAAGAUUACGGCGAAUGUGUGUCGGGGGUGCAAGCUGGUAUUGUGUUCUAAUCGCAUCAAUGUCAACUGUUUGCCGACGGAGCCGAGCGCUAAAUUUUCCAUGCUGGCUGAAUGUCUGGAGAAGGAGCUGAACGAGGGCAUCUCUGUGUCCGUCUCAUACAUGAAGAAAGAAAUCGGACGCGGCUGCUUUGUGCCAUCCGAAGCAGUUAUUCUGCGCAUGGUUAACACACUUCAGGAGGUCGUUUACACUGCCAAUGUUGAGCUGACCUGCAAGGGCUGCACCGUUGGCAUGUGCACUAUCCGGAUGUCAAUGCUCAUGCGGUGUCAGAACCUUGAUCCCUUGGAGACUUCCAACAAUGACGGUGACUGCGACGACGUUUGUGGGGACGACUUUGGCCCCACUUCACAGAGUUGUUGCUCAUCCUCCGAUCCUUGCCUGGGCUUCGUUAGCAUGGAGGAUCCUUCCUUCAGUUCGACUUGUUUUAAAACUUCCGAAAGCACCAGAAGAAGGGCUGGCGCUGAGCCCGUAAAAAGGCUUAUCGACAUGGCAGGUCCCUAUGCCGUCUAUGGUUCACCGGAUAAUACAGCUGACUGUUUGGACUUGGACUUCAAGGCUGUACCAGGACCGGGCGGACAAUUCUACCUCACCUCGCAUCUGGGUGGUGGCAAUACAAAUCGCGUGUGUCCACAGAUUUCUGCGCCCAAGCUGAAGCAGAUGGGUAUAAAGGUAGCACGCGAAUGUCCAGUGUGUCAUGAGGAUGUCUCAUGGCUACCACAAAUUUCGGCGUGUCCGCAUUGCGGCUACAAGCCAUUGCCUGAAUUCGAGGAGAAAGAAUACGAUGAGCAAGCUUCUGCCAAGGACAUACUCAACGAGUUCUUUGAUUCCAUAGGCAAAGAUCCAAAUGGUUACAUACAAAACGGCGCAUCGGAGAGCACUUGUUCACCCAACUGCGAGCAGCAGCAGCCGGGGAGCAAGGCAUCCGAUGGCUUUGAUACCAUUGUGCAGGACUACGAAGCCCUUAAGAAGAGCAUCAAGAAGUGCAGGUCCGCACAGACGUGCAGCGGCCUUCCAAAAACUGCCCAGAAAGCAAAGCCACAAAAUCUGCUUAAGGUCUUCACCGAGCUGCGUGAUAUGUUUCAGAGUGGCGAUGCUGACGAUAAGAAACAGGCCAAGCUUAAGGAGAUCUGUGAACAGGCCUGCAAAUUGGCCAAGGCCACAAAAGGACAUGGCGGCAGAAGAUCACUGUCGAAACUAAGCGAUCCCUGUGCAGUCCGUAAGAUGCGAAAGCGUUAUUCAAAGCGGGAACGAGCGCAUGUCAAGUCGCGGCUCUAUUCGCCCGUGGAUCCGCUCGAGCAUCGCAGACAAGGUCAUGUACAUUGCCAUCAGGACGAGCACAAAGUCCCUGCGCACAUGGGCUGGCUGUGGACCCAAUGCCCCAUGGCCCAGCGGCCAGGCUGGCGACCUGGCGCCAUACGUCGCUCCAUACGUGAACUGAUGAGCUACUUUCUUAAGGACUUUCCCGUGGACAGCAUACCCAUCUCGAAGUACAUGUCCUAUCAUCGCCAGAAGCCACAACCGGAGGAGGAAGAGGUGGAAACGGCUGAAAAUCUAGUGCAACGACCCACGCUGCAUAUUGAGAAGAAGAACGACGAGUUCUUAAUAACGCUGAGACCACUUAAGGAUGCGGAGACCUUAAAGCAAGCAGCGAAUCCGUACGCAAACAUGAAACCAGUGCAAUUUCGCAUUGUGAAGAAUCCUCUGCUGAAGCAGAUACGCGAACUGAAGCGUUGCCUCAAGAAGAUGGGCUUUAGCAAGUGCAAGUGUCACAGGCCUGUGAUGCAGUGCUACUGCCGCAGCUUCAUCGACAAGAAGCAGUUGGUCGACGAGGUGCAGCGUCAGUGCCGCAAGCGAAACAUGGAGGGCUGUGAAUGCGACAUCGUGCUCUCCGACACCAGCGACAGCGAGGCUGAGUUUGACUUUGGUGUCACGCCGCCAGCGGGUCUCAUGCAUCCGGAGCGACUGAAGCGCACCCAUGUGACGCACACGGAGACGCAGUACAAUGAGAACGAUUGGGCCAUGCCCACCAUGUAUCCGCAUCCGCCCAAUGCUCAGGUGCAGUAUGGCGGUUGUGUGGUGGGCGAGCGACAGAAACGUUUCGAUUGGAUCUUCGGCAAGGGAUUUGUGCAUCGCGAACCGAAGCCACCCAAGAUGCGCAAUCCACCCAAGAAGAAGCCCAAGCGUCCCUUCCCCGGUGCUCCGCAACCCCGGCAAGAAGGUGGCUUUACAUCCGAUGUCGAGUCGCCGCCCAAACAUAUCCCCAAGCGGGAGUAUCAGCUGGAUGCGUCGCCGAAUGUGGAUCGCCUGAAGCGACUCAAUCGAGCCUCUCAUCCGCCCACAGCGCUGGAAUUCCAGCGCUCCAGAGAACGGGAGCCGGAAGCGAGAAAGGUCCGGUUUGAUAUCGCUCAAAACGAACAGUAUCUCAUUUAAGUAGUCAUUCAAAAUUAUGGUAUUUUAAUUUUACGCUUUUAGCACAUCUUCAGAUUUGAAUCAAGUUUCAGGAAUAGUUGUAAUAAAGAUAUCCAAUACAUUUUUAUAAAUGAA